AUGUAUAAUAAAAAUAAUAAUAAUAAUAAUAUAAUUGAUGACAAUGAUUAUGAUGAUGAUGAUGAUGAUUAUAAUUAUUAUAAUAAUAAUAAUUAUGAUUAUAAUGAAAAUUUAAUUAGUAAAGAUACAAAGAAACAAAAAGAUUUAGAGAAAGAACCAUUAAGUAAAUCAAUUGCAUUUAUUUCUAUUGGUACAUUGACAUUGUUAUAUGUUAUUGUUGAAUUAGGGGCAGCAUUAUAUGUUGGAUCAUUAACAUUGUUAUCGGAUGGAUUUCACAAUUUAUCAGAUGUAGUUUCAUUAGUUAUUGCAUGGUGGGCACAAAAAGCAGCAAAGAGAGACUCUGAUAAUUUCAUGUCUUAUGGUUGGGCACGUGCUGAAAUCUUAGGUGGUUUAACAAACGGUUGCUUUUUACUAUCGAUGAGUCUUUAUGUUGCAUUGGAGGCAAUUCCACGUUUCAUCAGACCUGAGCCAAUGGAAAGUGGUCUAAUCUUUAUGAUUGUUGCAGGUUCUGGUUUAGCAAUUAAUAUUUUAGGUACUAUAGUAUUUGCAUGUACUGGUAUGUCUCAUGCUCAUUCACACGGUGGUGGUGGUCAUUCACAUGGCGGAGGUGGUGGUCAUUCACAUGGUGCUGAGAAAGAGAAAAAGAAAGAAAAGCAUGGCCAUUCACAUGAUGGUGCAGACAAAGAGAAAAAGAAAGAAAAACAUGGUCAUGGCCAUUCACAUAGUACCGCUACCACUGCUGUAGGUAUUAAUAGCGAAGAACAUAAUCAUGACGACCACGAUCACCAUGACCAUUCCGAAGAGAGUCAUGGUCAUUCACAUGGUGGUGAAAAGAAGAAAGAAAAGAAACAUGGUCACAGUCAUUCACAUGGUGGUGGUGCUGCUGAAGGUAUAAAUAUUAAUGAUGAGCAUGACCAUGAUCACGAAGGUCAUCAUGAUCAUUCAGAGGAAAAUCAUGGUCAUUCACAUGGUGGUUCAGAGAAAAAGAAAGAAAAGCAUGGCCAUGGUCAUUCACAUGAUGGUGGUGUAGAGAAAAAGAAAGAAAAACAUGGUCAUUCACAUGAUGGUGUAGAGAAAAAGAAAAAGAAAAAGAAAUCAAGUGGUACAUGUUUGGGAAUGGAUUUAAAUAUGUUUGGUGUUUUCCUUCACUUUUUGGGUGAUGCAAUCUCAUCGUUAUUCGUAUUGAUUACCGGUGCAGUUAUUCAUUUCACCCAUGGUAAAUGGACAGAAUAUAUUGAUCCAGCAGUUUCAUUGAUUAUUGUUAUUAUGAUCGCAGCCACAUCAGCACCAUUGGUGAAGAGAUGUUCAAUGAUUUUAUUACAAAAGGUACCGGAUGAUAUCGAUUUGGAUUCAAUUCGUUACAAGAUCGCAAAAGUUGAAGGUGUCGUUAGUCAGCAUGAUCUUCACGUUUGGCAAUUGGUUGAUGGUAUGACCAUCGCUUCAGUCCAUGUCGGUAUUGAACAAGGUAGAGAAUUCCAAUCAAUCGCUUCCAAAUUAAGAAAAAUUUUCCACAAAGAAGGUAUUCACUCAACUUCAAUUCAACCAGAAUUCUUACCAAUUAAUUCUUUCACUGGUGGUGCCACUUCUGAUCCAAACUUUUGUAUUCAAAAUUGUGUUGACGAUUGUGAAGAAGAAUGGUGUUGUAAAAAAUCUGCUGAUCGUAUUAGAAUGAGAAAUUUUAAUUCAAAAAAUUCAAACAUUGUUGAUAUAAAUGACAUUUAA